AGGCGUUUGGGCAAUUUCUCAUUCUUUAGAUAACACCCACCCAGCCCACUUUCUGUAUUUGUUGUCCUGCCCUUUUUCGCAGUAAUUAUCUGCAUCUAUGUCUUCUUCGAGGGGUUUUUAUGACGGACUGUUGGUGGAUAUUGUUUAUAACGUCCCGAACAAGUGGUGGCUCCAUCGAGAUCUGUCUGGGUAGGGAUUGCCGUCUUCAAACGGUGCACUUGUCCACGAGACUCCGCCAGUUCCUACCUGCCUGACUCUUCUGCGUUGGGUCCUACCUGCUUUCUUGCCUUAAUAACCAUAUAGGGUAGUACGAAUGUUCAGAUGCAGAGAUAACAUAUCGUCCCUUCUCUCAAAGCUGGCCUUCCUCGACUUUCGCAACUACGAACCAUUCGAAUCAAACCAAUAUGUCUUCCCGCCCCAACCUUAACCGACCAUCCAUGAACCACUAUGACUUCCCACCUCGCGAUCCACCUACAAAUGAACCCUUACGUCGUCCGAGAGCCAAUUCAAGAUUUCCCGAUUUUGAACCUAUCAGAAUUCCACCGGUUGAAGUCGAGACAAGUUCUGACGACGAUAUACCUGUCUCUAAGUCGAAGCGACCCUCACAACACUCUCGCUCAAUGAGCCACCCAUUUCCUUCGUUAUUUUCAAGCAAGAAGAGGAAAAAUUCCCGGAUUGGCGAACAGUCUGGGAAUGAUGACUUUUCCGAUGGCACUAGCCCUCAGCGGAGAGCACAGAAUGUCCCACCACAAAAUGUAGCUCCUAGGAGGGCACCACCACGUGGGCCUGUAGACUUUGCGACAGGGAACUGUAUGACAUGUGCUAGUUUGGUUAGGUGGCCCAAGGAACUCAACGUCUUCAGAUGUACUAUCUGCUUGACAAUAAAUGAUCUCAAACCAUACGAGCUCGUUGCCGGCUUUACGGGUGCUCAACCUAGCACCAGUCAUGCUUCACAGCCAAAUGAAACCGAGCUCGGCCCCUCACGGCCUCCAUUGCAGCCUCCAAACUCAAUACAACUUGAUCGUACGAGACAAAUCAUUAAACAAUGUCUACGUUCUUCCUUAGAAUUUUGGACGACGACUUCCGCAUCUCCAGAGCGCUCCGAAAUCCGACACGGUCGAACCCCUUCUAGGCCAUCGAAUGGGUAUCUAGCUCCCUAUGGAUCUCCAAGUAAGCAGGGUAAUCCUCCCGCUUCGAGCACCAGUCCGCCUGGCUUUAUCUAUAAUGCGGUGUUUGACGACUUCGCCGACCUCAACCUCGAACCGAAUCCACUCAAUAAUAACAUGUCUAUGGCGAGAUCUUACUCUUCAUCAUUCCCCGAUGCUAGAAGUUCCACUUUCCCGCCAAAUGCUCAGACGAGUGGGCGUACCCCUAAGCCAGAUGCCACUAUUCCAGAGCUAGAACCCAAGAGAAUAUUCAAGAAACUAGAAGAAUAUCUUAUUUUAUGCUUCAGCUCUCAUUCGUGUAUCAACAAUUCAUUUGUCACUCGACAUAUGAGUGCUAAUUCUAGACUACCCUCUGAACCUGUCAAGAGGCGGGAUGUUGAAACUAGGAAGGAACCAGCCCGCGAUGACACCCCUAUAUCGGAACUCGAUCCCAAACUGCUGCUUCUGGGUGACUUUGCGGAGAAUGGCACAUGGUGGACGGGAAGCCAAGAAGAAUCUUUGCCUUCAAGGAAUCCGGCGCGGCGGAAGGAUGAAAUUCCCUCGAUUGUAACCGCUAAAUCCCCUCGGAUUGAUUGGGGUGCAAUUAUUGAGUGGUAUUAUGCGGUGACUAAUGUGGCCGAGGCGUGGCCAGGCAUCUACGCCGAGCUUCUACAAACCAACCCGUCUCAGAAGUUGACAGAAGAAAGGCUACAACAGUUCGAAUCACUAAUUGUUACGGCUCAAGAACACAUCCAGCGGGUUUUAUUGAAGUGCACGGAAACUCUGCUAAAGCGACCUGGUCGACAAUUGAAGGAGCCUCAGGAUGUCCGCUUCUUGCUCUUGAUGCUAACUAAUCCACUCCUCGUGUCCGGGUCUAAGUCGUACAGCGGCCAAUAUCAACCUGCGGGCAAGGGCAAGGGCUUGGUUCCAGACCGGGAUCUAGAGGCUCAACCCAAAUCUACUUCUGGACGGCAUUCUGGAAUCAUAAAAAGGAUCUUCGGUCUGCUGGCGAACUCAUCGGAACAAUGCCAUCAUCAUUUAAUCACAUGGCUUUCCAGAUUACCGGAACACCUCUUCCUUCAAACGAAGGACCUUGUUAGCGGCUUUGUGACGUAUCGUCUAAACCGACAGAACGAGAAGAGGGUGGAACCUCAAAUUGAUGUGACUGGCGGGUUGAUUCCCCAAAUGUCUAACUCCCGUGCCGGCAAUUCACCAGCAACAUUGCAUGCUGCUCUGGAAGCGACGAAGUCUAAAAAGCAGAAGCAACCCAUUGAACCGAAUCGUGCCGCGUACACGGAUGAUUGGCAAAUCAAGGCCGCCGCGAAAGUAAUGGCCCUUCUAUUUUCCGCCAAUAGCCUGACGCAUGUCCGACAUAAUGACGGACCAGAUGGGCGUAGCUAUGGUCAUCUACUGUCAACAAGCGAUUUUUAUAAUACGCUAGUCGACUGCUUGGACUUCAAGGCCGAUUUUGAACUAUGGGAGUCAAAAAGAGGCAGGUUUGCCUUCUGUCAAUACCCGUUCUUUCUAAGCAUUUGGGCGAAGAUACGAAUAUUGGAAUUCGACGCUAAAAGGCAAAUGGCUGGAAAGGCAAGGGAGGCCUUCUUCGACAGUAUUUUGACUCAUAAGAUUUAUGCGCAAUACUUGGUCCUUAAUAUUCGUCGAGAGUGCUUGGUCGAGGACAGUCUCAAAAAGGUGAGUGAAGUUGUCGGCAGUGGUAGCGAGGAUAUCAAGAAAGGUCUACGAAUUGAAUUUCAAGGGGAAGAAGGCGUCGACGGCGGAGGACUCCGGAAAGAGUGGUUCCUUCUUCUCGUAAGGGAGGUGUUUAAUCCAGACCAUGGACUCUUCGUGUAUGAUGAGGAUUCGCGAUUCUGCUACUUCAACCCGAACACUUUUGAGACAUCCGAUCAGUACUUUCUCGUCGGUGUGGUGCUCGGGUUAGCUAUAUAUAACUCGACAAUUUUGGAUGUUGCUUUCCCACCCUUUGCUUUUCGAAAGCUGCUUGCAUCCGCUCCUCCACCCGCUGCUGGCGCACCUGCCCACUCACGACCGACAAUGAACUACACCCUGGACGAUUUGGCCGAAUUCCGUCCAGCCCUCGCAAGAGGUCUCCGACAACUUUUGGAUUUCGAGGGGGAUGUUCAAUCCACUUUCUGCCUUGACUUCGUAAUCGAAACCGAGAGGUACGGUACCAGGGUUAGAGUGCCUCUCUGCCCUGGAGGCGAAAGCAAGAUGGUAACAAAUAGCAAUCGACGAGAAUACGUUGACCUUUACGUCAGAUAUUUACUGGACACUUCGGUCACCCGACAAUUUGAACCUUUCAAGCGAGGCUUCUUUACCGUAUGCGCUGGAAAUGCAUUGACACUUUUUAGACCGGAGGAAAUUGAGCUUCUUAUCCGUGGUUCUGAUGAACCAUUGGACAUCAGCUCGUUGCGGGGAGUCGCAGUUUAUACGGGCUGGCCAAAACACAUAAACCCCGAGAGAGAGCCGACGGUGCAGUGGUUCUGGUAUACAUUCGAAAAGGCUUCGCCCAUAGAUCAACGACGGUUAUUGUCAUUCAUAACCGGAAGUGAUCGUAUCCCCGCUAUGGGUGCGACAUCCCUUGUUAUAAGAAUAAAUCUUUUAGGCGAAGAUGAAGGGAGAUUCCCUUCGGCAAGGACAUGCUUUAAUGUCUUGUCACUAUAUCGCUACACGUCGCGAAUGAGAUUAGAGAAGUCACUGUGGCGGGCGGUCAACGAGAGCGAAGGUUUUGGGCUCAAGUGAGCUUGGGUUGUAAGUUUAUGACAGCAUUGCUUUGGCGUUUUUUCGGGCUUCGAACGACCACGGGAAGAUAAUGUGGCCGGGGUGACUCAUGAGAUAGGCAUUGGAAUAUCAUUUGCUACAGCCAACCCGGUUGCUUGGAUCGCAGCGCUGCCCAGGAGGCGAGGGGAAGCCUGUAAGCCAAGUGGCGUUCACACAGAUUAUACCCAACUAGCUGUAUUAUUACUGCUCGCUGUAUAUAGCAGCCAUGUCGAAUAACGAAUGAAAACUUGAUGUACGAACUUUUUGGAGCCUUUGAAGUCGGUGCAAGCUAUUAAUAUGUCGGCUUGCUUCAUACAGCAAUGCCAAGGUAUCCGCCCGGCUAGGUACCCCUAUGAGCUGCUGCACUCCGGAAGCGAGCGCCCGUCCCCAACCCCACUACAUUCGGGGGCGAUCUACCAUUAUUAAGGGGUCGAUAAAAGGGAGGCGGUGUAGGUGAAGGAGAAGGGGGUCCGUAUUGAUAUGGAAUCAGUAACAUACUCUAAUACGAAUUUGUCAUCCGCUCCCGGAGGAUAGCUGUUGGGGAGGCGAUAUUACGCCACAUCCUUUAUAACAUUUUAAGCUGUGAGAUUUCAUCAUACCUCUUAUGCUACAGUCAUGAAGGGCGCGCCCUUCCUACAUGUACUAUUUGGAAGAUUAACUUGAUUAUAUUGCUGAUGAGGCAAUUGUGCGCGUGACUCGAUG